UAUUUAAAUAUUACAGCUUCAACAUCAGAUAAUCAUCAGCACCCCAAAAGGUGGGGUGUCUGUGUUGCCUCUCACCCUGUAUAUGGUGGUUAUUAUGGGAGCAAUGCCUGGCAGGUUAAUGAAAAUCUCUGAACAAUGUCUCAACAAAUAUUGAGGGCGCUGCAGCAGCCGCUCACAUCCGAGUUAUUAUUCAGUGGAUGUUGAUGUGCACCUGCCAGACUGCUGCCAGUCUCUGCCACGACGGCGGCGAGACUGAGACACACCGAUAUCAAGUUUUAGAUUUAAUCCUCUGAUUCGUCUCGUAGAAACCCACGGAUAUUGUAAGAUGUCCGUUUUCCACGGUGAAGCCGGUCACUUCAUGUAUUUCGCCUUUGGCAGUAACUUGUUGAAGGAGAGACUUCAGCUGGCAAACCCCUCUGCUGUGUUCUGCACCACCGGCAGACUGAAGGACUAUAAGUUGAACUUUGGCCUGUGGGAGAAACAUGUGGACAACGUUUGGCAUGGCGGAGUGGCCACCAUCGAGUCCUGUCCAGGGGCAGAAGUGUGGGGGGUAAUCUGGACUUUAAGCAACGACAACCUCCCGAGCCUCGACAACCAGGAAGGGGUGAAUCUGGGGAAGUACUCUCCAUUGGAGGUUUCAGUGGAGACUGACAAAGGACUCAUACUCUGCAGGUCUUACCAGAUGAACAAUUUCCAUGCCUGCCUCCCCUCUCCUCAGUACAAACAGGUGGUGUGUCUGGGUGCAGAGCAGAACGGACUCCCGGCGGAGUACUUGAGGAGGCUGGAGGCAAUCCAAACCAACAACUACAGUGGCCCCUCGAUCCUUGAUCAAAUCAGAACAGUCAUGAAGUAGAGUCAAAGUUCAUAUUCUUGACUUUGGAAACAGCAGCCGACAGCUACAAUUACUGCUUUCCAGCGGUUUGCUCUGCAAACCAGUCAGAUUGUACCUACAGUUUACAUACAUGUAUGUAAAAACAUAGAUGGCUCACACACAUCUUCAACCAGGUAGCACAGAAGAUCUAUACAGUCGGCACAGAUUCAAGGUGGACACCCAAGAUUAAAGUCACCGCAUCUGACCAAAUGUUUCCCCGAUGAUGUUGAGAAGUGUUUUAUGCAGAAUGUUAUGAUGUCACAGUGAAGCUGACCUUUGACCUUUUGGACAUAAAAUAUCAUCACUUCAUUAUUUUAUCCUAUCAGACAUUUGUGUGAAAUUAUGUCAUAAUUAGCAAAUGAAUUCUUGAGUUAUGACCUAAAACAUAUAUUGUGAGGUCACACUGACCUUGACCUUCGACCACAAAAUUCUCAUCAGUUUACUCUUCAUCCAAGUUGACGUUUGUGUCAAAUUUAAAGAAAUUUCCUUCAGAUGUUCUUGACAUAUCGAGUUUACGAGAAUGAGACAGAUUCAAAAUCACAUUGACGUUUGAUCACCGAAGUCCAGUCAGUUCAUUGCUGAGUCCAAGUGAACGUUUGUGUCAAAUUUCAAGAAAUUCCCUCAAGACAUUCUUAAGAUACUGCUUUCACAAGAAUGGGAUGGAUGGACGGACGGACAACGUGACAUCAUAAUGCCUCAGGCCACAGCAAUUGCUGAUGUGGAGGCAUAAAACCAACCUCAUUGCAAGGUCCAAUUAUUAGCUAUAAAUCUGAGAACACAAAGAGCAGAGUAGAAAACAAAACAGAGUGCAGAAUAGCUAUUUGAGGGAAACUUGUGUGUUUUUGACCCUGGAUCUUAUUUUACCAUGUUUAUGUGUCUAAGUGACUAAUGGAGACAAAACAAACUGGUCCAAACUGGUCCAGUACUGAGCACUGGUGAGGCAGGCUCCAAUGUAAUACCUAUGGGAAACUGUGCACUGUCACAUUAAGUCCAUUAAAAGUGCUUGUUUUUGCCACUGACAGGCUCAGAUUUUUAUUAAAGUGUCUGACAACAUUAUGGAAAGGAUCCUACAUAAAAAUGAAACAAGUUUUUUUUUUGUUUGUUUUUUUUUUACUUUUGCUGAUCUGGCCUAUUUGUCACGCUCAAAGAGAGACCCCAUCUCACCAUGAAACUUCACAAACUGUCUCUUUAGGGUCCUCUCUAUAAUGUUGUAAACACUUCUAGUAACAAUCUGAGCCUGUUAGUGGCAAAACUACUUUUGAUGGACGUAAGGCAGACAUUUUGACAAGUCACAGUAGGAAAACCACAGGUGUAUUUACAAGUCAAACUGUCUGCUGUGAAAAAGGACAUUACCUGUAGGGUUUACAUUAGAUCCUAGUCUCGCCACCAGACAAUCAGAGAUCUACGCCUUCUGAUUUAUUUAAGCAAAGCGUCUAAAGACUGACUUGUGAGUCUCAUUAGAUUCUGUUCCCUGCUUCGGCUGUUCCCAUUGACUUUGAUAUAAAGCCAUGGGAAAAUAGGGCCCGGGUUUAAAAAUACCUUUUUAUCUCUUGAAGUUUAUUAAUUCACUUAUAAGCAUUCCACCUCAUCUCACAGCCUUCAUUAUUACCGUAAUGUAAGUAGUAAUAGUAUAAUGAUACUAUAAAUCAUAACGUGUCACGUAAUGGUGAUGAAGACUGUGAGAUUGAGUCUUCUGGGCUCGUAACUGGACCUUGAGUUGAGUUUCUCUUUGUCAAACAGCUACCAGUAUUUCUAAAUUCAAAGCUUUUAAGACCCAGUUAUGAAAUUGAACCAACUCCAUCGUGUGGCCAGAAGUUGGUACUGCAUGCACUUCAUGAGACAUUUGUCUGGGCCCAACACAUGCCCUCUCAUCUUGAGCUUGUGAGCUGCUAGGGGACUAUUAUUUUAUUUUAGAGCCACCACAAUGGAAGACUGAAUUGUAUGUGAAGAGCAGAACAUUGUUUGAUUUCAGUUUUUCUCAGGGGAAUAUUAAACAUUGAUGAAACACCCUC